UGGUAUUCCAUUGGAUAGGCAUUUUGCUACAUCCAAUGGAUGUACAUUUCUUAUCCAUGGAUAUCCGAAACUUUUUUGGACCUAAAAUGGACAUCCAUUGGAUGGCCUGUGUUAUUAGGGUAAUAGGGGAAAUACGAUACUCAAAACGCGUGGUGAUAGAGAACUUACUAAUAUACUAAUGAUUAUCUUUUUUGUAAUUAGUCAUGUAUGUAUAAUUAUCCCUCUCAUUAUUUAUCUACUUAUUCCAGUUUUCCACCCAACUGCGAUGAUUAUUAUACCUACACAAAAGUUGUGAAUCUCAAUAUAAUAUAAGGUAUUACAUGUGGUAUAUCAUUAUAUCAACACAGUUUCUACACAGAUGCGAUAUUCAUCUGAUAUACAGGAGAGAAAUCGACAAAUGCAGUUGGUUUGAGUCCGCUGUGACAUGUGGUCGAUAUCUCGGUGGAAGGUUAUCGUAUGAAAAGUUGCGCAGUAGGCUCAGUCCAUCGUCGUGACAUGAACAAACCUAAUCCAAAUCAAUCGAGGAGCAUCAGCCUGGAGCGGUGGGAAUGACAGAUACCGAUAAAGCCUUGAAGCUACACUUGAACUCCACCUGUUGCGAAAAUGACAACGAAGAGAGACAAAGUGAUUUGGACGAUUACUACCAGGUGGACACCAUCAGCACCGCCUCGUGCCAAGAAGAAGGCGAAGAAGAAGAAUACGAGGAAUGCGACGGUGCCAUCAUCGCUGUCGCCGGCCAACCAACAUUGCCACAUUUCGGCACCGUGUCCGUGGUCAACUCCAAUGACGUCCAUUUUGGCAACAAGACAGUAUACAAGGGUCCCGUGACCAUAAAACAGUUCGUUUACCCCAACGGGAACGUUUGUCCGGACGGUGUGAACGGUUUCGUGAAAAGUGGGGGGGAUGAGAGCAGUGAAGGGGUGGAUAAUGUGUGUUUCGCGAGUGAGUGUGUGGGGGAGACGAAACACAAUAAGGAGGUUGACAAUGGGGACGUGGAGGGAGGGGUAGAAGUUCGGCAACCUCAUCAGAGGAAGUUUGGGAAAGGGGUUCGAUGGCUGUGCAAUUUUUCUCGAACCAGGCCUAUAGAAACGGCCAUUAUAGGGUCGAUAGUGCUAGUAUCGGUUGCGAUUCUUCUGGCAGUUGUAUUGUGGAGGUUUCCGAUUUCUAAGCCUAUAGUACGCCAUGAUGUGGACGAAGAGGAUAACAACACGCCUAUCGAGUAUUCCUCUGACUCGAACGCCACCCUGAGCCGAAAAGUCCACGUGAUCUCGCGGCUGCAGUGGCUGGCGCAGCCUCCGCUGCAGCCCACCGACCCGCUGCGGCUGCCCGUGCCCCUGGUGAUAGUCCACCACACGGCCACCGAGAGCUGCUCUUCGCACGCCCAGUGCGUCUUCCAGACUCGGCACAUACAGACCUUCCACAUCGAGAGCAACGGCUGGUUCGACAUCGGGUACAAUUUCCUGGUGGGCGGCGAUGGGGAUGUUUACGAGGGCAGAGGGUGGAAAAAAGAGGGUGCCCACACUUUCAGCUACAACAACCAGAGUAUCGGGGUAGCUUUCAUCGGCACCUUCAUAAAAGAGCCACCCCCCUCGAAUAUGAUCAAUUCCUUUCACAAGUUGAUUGAAAAAGGGGUGGAAUCGGGAUACCUGACGAAGGACUAUAAAAUCAUGGCUGCCAGGCAGCUGCACGCCACUGAAAGCCCUGGGAAGAGUUUCUACGAGGUGAUCAAAACUUGGUCGCAUUGGACUGAUAAACCGUGAACGUUCGAAAAGUUAAUAUUGGGUUUUAGUAACAUUUUGAAGAUGAACUGUUUUGAAGUUGAUGCUGACCUACUUAUUGAAAUAAUCCAUUCGAGGAGUUUCAGACUCAAAAUAAAAAAAAAACUUGAGAAGACAUAAUUUUCACAGUUUAUCAUUCCGAUUGUUUCAUUAUCUCAUAUAAUGCAUUAUUAUCUACUGUAAAUAAAAAUAGACUGAAAAUGUACAUAGAAUUAUUAGAAAAAAUGGUAGAUUAUGGCGUAUAUUCAUGUAUUGAGAAAAUAUUCGGUGUAUUAUUCCAUUUCUCAUUAUACAGGGUGAUCCACGGUGGAUGGCCUAUUAGAAGUAUCUGGAGAACAAAAGACAUUCUGAAAAUUGGGAUCCUUUGAUAAUUGAACAUUUUCUAUCCGUCUAAAAUAUUUUCAUCGAUACAGAGUGUUUCCACUUCUAUUAGAAACAACUAGCAACUUUGUUAUUCCCAAUGGAACACCCUGUAUUUUAUUGCAUUUUCACAUUCUUCCUGAAAAGCUGAUUUCAUCAAUUCAUCACACUUGGGGUCUAGCAAGAAUGAUUACAAAGAUAUAGGGUGUUCAAAAUCGAGAUUUUUCAAUUUUAAGAUCUUUUUGUGUCGAAACUAUAUUCAUUAUCGAUCAAAACGGCUAACAUGUCCCUAUCUUAACUUUCGAUUCACUAUCCACUGGAAUUUAAUUGGAAAAAAUACAGGGUGCUUCAAGAUUCAGAAUUCUGAUCACCCAAUUAAAUAUCAGUGUAAAUAGUGAAUCGAAAUUUGAGAUAGGGACAUGUAAGCCGUUUUGAUCGAUAAUGAAUAGUUUCAACACAAAAAAAUCCUAAAAUUGAAAAAUCUCGAUUUUCACCCUAUGUCUCUGUAAUCAUUCCUGCUAGAACCCAAGUGUGAUAUAUUGAUGAAAUCAGAUCUUUAGGAAGAAUCUAAAAAUGUAAUAGAAUACAGGGUGUUCCAUUUGAAAUAACAAAGUUGCUAACUGUUUCUGAUAGAAGAGGCAACACUGUAUCGAUGAAAAUAUUUCAGAUGGAUAGAAAAUGUUCAAUUAUCGAAGCAUCCCAAUUUUCAGAAUGUUCUGUCUUUUAGUUCUCCAGAUACUUCUAAUAGGCCAUUCACCGUGGAUCACCCUGUAUAUCAUAUCGAUUUUUCUUUUUUAAUAAUAUGAAUAUUUGCAUCUAUUGAUAUAUCUAGUGUUUACUUUGUGAACAUGUGGUAAAAACUCAUCAAAUUGGUUGAUGAAGAUAUUCAGAAAUUUUAUGCAAAAAAUUUAAAAUUUUUGAUCGAAUAAUGUUUCAAAGUUUUGCCAUACUUCCUGUUCACACUUAUAUUUUUCCUAAAGUGAAUGUGAGUUUAUUUUUGUAUACAAACAAUUCCGAAACUGUAUAUAAAAGUAUGAAUAUGGGUUUGUGAUAUAUAGUGAAAUAAAUUGGCUCAAUAAAUAUUCUUUCAAUUUGUAUAUUUUCCUGAGAAUUUUAUAAUGUGGGUACCCUUACACACUAAGAAGUGUCGUUUUACAUAAAAUAAUACUAAAACAUACUAAAACUAUGAGUAAUUGAAUGAUUUAUUAUGAAUAUUAGGUAAAUUUUUUGAAUUUUUUCUUGUUCACCUUGUAUUCAUAUAUCCAGAAUUAUCCACAUGAUGUUAGAGGAUGUUAAUGAAUAUGAGAUAAAACUACACACAGACACAAUACUUUAUGGUGACUUAUAAAUUAAUAAAAGAAUAAAUUAAAAUAAUAAUUUUUUAAAUAAUAUAAAAUUUAAGAUUCAUCUAAUCUAGGAGGAAAUAGCAAGGAACUGCUUUUCGACAUUGAUGUCCAAUUACAUCACCUUACUUAAUUAUACAUAUAUAUACAUUCAUAUUUCACGAUAAUGGGAUAUUGGGAAUUGAAUUCCGUUCAAGAAUUUGAAUUUGAUUCACGUACAUUUUUGUACUUUCUGAAAAAGAGUAUUAAAUGAAACAAAUAUUUGAAUUUUUGGAAACGAAUUAUCAUAUCACAGCUCAACUUCAAGAAAAAAUCGUUUUCUAUUAAACGGCUUCGUUUUCUGGCAAUUUCCUUGAUCUAAUCGAAGACCUGUUGAUCAUGCUUGACCUAACCUCUCCUCUGAACGAGGCUCUCAAAGAUGAAGUCCUGCAGAACCUGGGUGUGACUGGUGUCGAUGGAACCUUUUG